CCACAGUCUAGCGAGAUGAGACUUGUGACGUCGGGACAAGCUGUCCGGCUGGAGCCAAGGAGCUUGACAUUAACAGCGUUGCGGGACGUUUAAGCAGCGAUCGGGGACUGCGGUCUGGGCUGAGAAAAUCGCGAGCGCGGCAGUGUCGGCCGGUAUGUGCUUAGAAGGAUAGCCAUGCAAAUUCAUUUCAGAGGGUAAUCUCAGCUCUUGUGUUGGCUUGCAGCAAGCAUGAUGCAUGUUAAAGGACUGCAUUUGACUCUAACAUGAUGCCCCAUACACGUUGGAUAGUGUGGGAGAAACUUGGAUAGCAUAACCAGAGAAUAGGGCUUGUGUGAAGGGCUGCUCCCGGCAGCAUUUCUGCAUAAGAAGCGGAACCAUGUCUGUCAUGAUGGUGAGGAAAAAAGUCACUCGGAAAUGGGAGAAACUACCCGGGAAGAACACAUUCUGCUGCGAUGGUCGGGUGAUGAUGGCCAGACAAAAGGGCAUAUUUUAUCUAACCCUUAUACUCAUCUUGGGCACGUGUUCCCUCUUCUUUGCUUUUGAGUGUCGCUACUUGGCUGUGCACCUCUCUCCAGCAAUACCAGUCUUUGCAGCAGUCCUUUUCCUUUUCGCCAUGGCUACUCUCUUACGCACAAGCUUCAGCGACCCUGGUGUCAUACCACGAGCAUUGCCUGAUGAGGCAGCUUUCAUAGAAAUGGAAAUAGAGGCAGCCAAUGGAAAUGUGCCCCAGGGACAACGGCCACCACCCCGUAUAAAAAAUGUUCAAAUAAACAAUCAGAUUGUGAAGUUGAAAUACUGCUAUACCUGCAAAAUCUUUCGCCCCCCUCGAGCCUCGCACUGCAGUAUCUGUGAUAACUGUGUGGAGCGCUUUGAUCAUCACUGUCCGUGGGUGGGAAACUGUGUUGGAAAGAGGAAUUACCGUUACUUCUACCUCUUCAUACUCUCUUUGUCCCUUCUGACAAUCUACAUCUUUGCCUUCAACAUUGUCUAUGUUGCUUUAAACUCAUUAAGCAUUGGCUUCCUUAACACACUGAAAGAAAGCCCAGGGACUGUUUUGGAAGUGUUUAUCUGCUUCUUUACCCUGUGGUCUGUUGUGGGAUUAACUGGUUUCCACACAUUCCUGGUGUCCCUUAACCAGACAACCAAUGAAGAUAUAAAAGGAUCCUGGACUGGUAAAAACCGUGUUCAAAAUCCAUACAAUUAUGGCAAUCCUGUAAAGAACUGCUGUGAAGUGUUGUGUGGGCCUGUGAAGCCAAGCAUGCUUGAUAGGAGAGGCAUUUUGCAGGAACAGGCUGGGGUUCUGGGACAAACAGAGCAGACAAAUAGUAAUCCACAGCAGGAUCCGGUUUCUGCUGCCCCUCUAAUGUCCAGUGAAUCAUCGGAGAAUCCUGCAUCGCCAGGGAAAGACCCCCAGACGAAUGCUACUAAUGCUAUAGAGAUGUCCGUUCAGCACCCCAAACAAUCAGAUGGGACAAAGAUCUAAGAAAGGAAAAAUAGAAAACUUUUUUUUUUUUUCAGUUGAAAAAGGCUAAUAUUCCAGAUGAGACCAUCAGGAGGAUCCUAUAUGCCAUUUUACUUUAGUAUUUUGCUCGUAUUAAUUAUGAAGGUGAUGUCUUUUUGAAAGGAAAAUGAUCAUAUCAGCCUGGGAAAACUGCUCAUUUAAACAGAUGUCAGGUGCUAUUUGAAUAUGCCAAUAACCUAACUCGGAAGAGAUUGUCACAGCAAGAAGUCAGCCGGACUGGUCUGCUAUUUUCUUCCCUCAGGAGCUGGUUCUUCACAUUGCAUCUGAAUUCUGUGUCCCUCUGGAGGUUGGCGAACACUGACAAUGUCUCUGGCUGGCCAGACCAUCAGAGAUGGGGUCUGCAAUAGAGGGACUGGAGGUGUCCAACAGCUGGAUACCUGUUUCUUCCCCUAAUCCUACAGUGGCAAAGCUGGGUCCUGUAAUGGAUAACCUAAAAUAUGCACACAUUUAUUUUGCUUGUCAAGCCUAACUGCAAGAUGCUGGAAAAACAAGCUCCUGGUCGAUGCACAGCAGUUUCCAAUACCACCAGGUCUAGUGCAAUAUUUGAAUGCAGUAUGAAUUAGUGCAGUUUGGCUUUAUAGAAAUCCAGCCCCAGUACACACAUGUACACUAUUCCUUAAUUUAUCGCUUCUGAACUGUCAUGUCAUAUGCUCAUUUAAAUGUAAUGUUUUAUUAUUUUAUUCAUAAGACCCCAGAUCAGCACCAUGUCAGAUGAAUUCCAAUCAAAUGGCAAUAUUGAGUUUAAAUGGAUUUUUUUUAUGGUUGGAAGCAUCCACUAAGAUAGAGGAUUUAUUCUCUCUCUCUCUCUCUCUCUAGUAUUCCAGCCUUCUUUAAUAAUUUUAAGCUACAGGUAGUGUUAAAAGAACUUUUAAAAUAAUUUAUUCUUAAUACAGUAUUUUGUUUUUGUCUUAAUUGCAGAAAUCACCCCCCUUUUUUUUUUUUUAAUGCUCUUAAAAUAUCUGCUUGCUCAAGGGUUCCUCUUGGAUGUAAAAUAUUUUGUUAAGAAGAUAAUUGGAAGUCUAAUUAUACACCUCUUGUAAACACUACAGGUUCCAUUAUUUGUGAUUAAAAUAAGGACAAUGAGUAGGCCGUGGAACACUAUUCUCACGUAAAAGGAGAGGUUUAGGUAAUAUCCAGGAAGCCAUAGGCUUCUCACUGGGUUUCUAGGGGUUUGUUCUGCACCAUGUGUCAUAGCCCUGUGCUGUUUAUAAGCCGGAUUUUCAGCAUUCUUUGGUGGUUUUGCACUUGUUAGGGAAUGCUGGCAGCCAAUUCAGCAAUAUGUUUAAGGGUCCCUGGUUAUGGCUGCCUGCUCCAGAACAUAAGAGUCCUUGGUGAGGUAUUCUCGUGGUAAGCGUCUUAAUGCAUUUCCCUUUUAUAAGUGAUAACUAGGCUUCUGGUAAUGUUCCAGAUUAAUGAUUAUAUUUUAUAGUUCGAUCCUUUGAUGUAUUCCAUUCGAUUUCUCUAGUGGAAACACGUUGUCUCCUUUGAGCACUAAGAUAUUUAGGGUGCUCAUUUUUGCAGUGAAUUAUACUUAAAUGUAUUUGCCAAACCCAUAGUUUAUGAGGGAGGAAGAUUUGUUUGGUCUAAUGACCAUGCUGCUUGCUGUAUUUAUUUAUAACCUGGCUUGGUGAUGUUUUCCCAAUAUCAGUAUUGAAUGUGUCAGCCAUGGUGAAUUUAAGUUACCACUUGGGAUUUCAUUUGCUGUUUAAGUCUCCAUUGCCAAAAAAAAACACCGUUCUCACUAAAGCACACCAGGUGUACUUGGUAUAACCAGUAAUAUCUGUAGCAAAGUACAAAGAAUCCGUGGUAAAUUGGUUUUGGUAAUGUACUAAUGGUUCCUGUGCUUUCUACUGUUUAGGAAUCUUAUGUAUAAUAAAAUAUAAAUCUCAGAUACUGACACCAUAAAGAAAUUCAGAUACAAACAUCAGUUCCCCAGAUGCCAGUUCCUGAUUGGCCCACAUAGUGCAUUUCUUUGUUCUCUUGUCUCAGGUAUUGAGUUCCAUGAGUUGAUGUAAAAUAUUUAUGGAGCACUUUUUAUAAUUCAGGUUUUCCUCUCCAUCUAGGGGGUUAAGUGACAAAAUAUAAUGCGUCACAUGCUUCCCAGAAGAUGCCCCUCUUGUCACGCUCAUAACCUGAAUGAAUAAAGGGCUUUGCAUGACUAUCAAUCUUGUCAUUUGCAUAAAUCCUUCCUCAAAACAUGUGGCUUGGCCAUCAAUUCCAUUAGGGUAAAACCAACAUACGAUCGUCUUAAAAAGCCAUCUGAACAUGUGUAAACAGACUGAGCCAUAAAUGCGUAUAUGUUUUGUCCGUGCGACUGCUCAGUAUGCUUUUUGACAGGUAAUGUGUUGUAAGUUCCAGAGACAGUAUGUUUUAACUAUUAAUACUCCAUGCUGUAAUUGCCAAACUGAUGUCCAGCCAGGCUGUGUUCUGCUUAGGGGGGGGAAUAUCAAACCCUUGGAUUGUGUUAGGAGUUAUAGCUCAACCCCUACUGGUGAGCCUCAAGUAGGUAAUUCCUAUUUUCGGAUAUUUUUCUGGAUUAAUUUGGUGGACUCUUCACUCUGUGGCUUACAGGGGAUACUGUUAGUUGUAGUGCAGCCACAGUUUGAAGAUCGUUGUAUUAUGUAGUUUAUCUGAAAAUGUCUUAAAUGAAACUAUGCCCUAAACACAUCAGGGAAAAGCUGUCACUGCAACUUUCCCCUUCUUAGACCCUUUUCACACACUUUAGUCAAUGUUUAGUAAAGAUGUACAUUCAUUUCUAUUUGCUUGACUUUAUGUAAAGUUGUUAAUUUGUAAACAUUACUUGUGGGUUUUUUUUCGUUUAAUCCUUCCAGAUAUUUGGCGCACUGUGGUACAUAUGCUUUUUUGUACAUAUAUUAAAUGUAAAUCUUGAUAAAGGAUACAUGCAUGGCGUCGAACCCCAGCCUUAAUGGACAAUAACAUAUUUACAAUAAGGUAAAACGCCAUGUUGCAAGGUUCACGGAUAUGCAGUCGAUAGUGGACAUGUUUACACAUGGUGCAUCAUAUUGAUGAUGUAUAAUGUGUCCUUAGACAUGAUACGUCAUAGAACCUAUGAUGUAGGAUAUGUGGUUUUCCAUCACUCUGAGGGAACAAAUAUUUAUAGCAAUCCUUCCUCCCUCCGCAGUCAGUGAAAGAAUGCGGUUGUAGUUUGUACAAGUGCUAGAUUUCCUUUUGUUGCUCCUGCUUUUUGCAGAUCCACAGCUUCCAGCAUCUUUUUGGCUAGUGGGGUACAUAGUAAACACUAGUUCUGUGUGGGCCGGACCGACACCUGCGGGACCUUUGGGUCUGCUGUAUUCGGGCUGUCUUCCGCACACAUUUUGAAGGAUGGGUUUAGGUUGAACUCUUCUCCCGCUCUACCCACCUGCGACCUUACUCUGCCGGCUUUUGUCUCUGGCAACCUCCAUUUAUAGACGAACGCCUGCUGCACCCCGCUUGUGACAUCACAGAUAGGGAGGCUGUACCCGGGUCUUCAAAUGGAGGUACCAGUCGGAUUCAGGUCGCGGGCAGGUAAGGGUCGGUGGGUUAAAUGUUUGUCGAACUGCAUAUCACCAGUAUACAUUAUGCGUUUGCUUCCUGAUGGUUUGACACUGUGACAGUGAUAGUCCCAGCAUGCUGCUUCCAUACAUUAUGACCAGCCACUAAAAUAUGAGCAACUUAAAGCUGCCCAUGUAUAGGUUGGUUCCCUUAAAACUAGAUUUAGAUGGUGUGGUUUUGCCACAAGUGGGUGGCCAGAUUGCUUUGAUUGAUCAACCAGCGUGAAAAGGCAGGCACAGCUAAUUGGUUUGCUGAAUAGUUACUACCGUUUUUAAUCAAAGGCCUUGCAGACACAAACAAACAAACCUCCCCUGUGUUGCAAGCUCUAGUCUAUGGAGUCCAUUUGCCAGAUAGUGUCUACAUAUUGCUGAGUUUGACAGUAGGGCUUUAGGAUGCUAUGUCCAUGAAACAGUUUGUAAACCAGAAUAUAUAAUUUUGCAUAACGAAAGCAAAAUCAAUUCUAAAACAGUGCUACAGUAGUCCAUCCCCCUCUUGCAGAGGCUUCACACUCCCACAAUGCCUUGCAUGAUCUGUGAUUUAAAGACCUGUAAAGAAGGACAAUCACAGUAGUGUGUGUGCAAUCGAAACAAACGGUGUAAAUAAUUUUUUUUUUCUUUCUGGGGAAAGCCACUUAUCCUUCUCUAUGAAUAUAUAGCAGAUACAUACUGGGAGGCUAAACCCAAGAAUAACCGAUAGAGAGCUACUUAUUUCAACAGUCAGUACUUUUACAAACAACUUUCUAUCUAGUCUUGCCAAUCAUUUUCAGCAUUAAACCUAUGGUAUGCAGAUACAAUCGGUAAUGCCUUUAUACUAUAAAUAGUAGAGCGAAGUUGUUACAGCUGUAUGAUUUCAUAGUUUUCCUUAAAGUUGUGUAUAAGAAAUACUUCAACUACUGUAACAAAAAAAAGGGUUGAACUACAAGACAUCCGUUACCUAUAGCAAGGAGUAAGGCCACUUGCCUUAAUACAGAUCACCUAUUAUUACUAUAUAUUGUAUUUGUUUUGUCCAAUACCAACAUACUUGUGUUAUAGCAAAUAAUGGACAUUUUCAUGUGACUACAGAACAGGCUGCUUUAAAUGCUCUUUAUCUGGGCCUACAAACUAUGUAUUGUGCUCGGGUUGGGCUGGCCAGGAAAAGUAACGGGAAUAGAAUGCUCCAAGUGCCAUAGCCCAUAAUUAUAUUGAAGUAUGCAAAGCGUUUUACAUAUAUUUUUUAUGUUGCAGUGUGGCCUUUCUCUCAAGUGCAUCUUUUAUUUCAGAAUUUCUCCUACCUAUUUUAGUUUGGUAAAGCAGUCUUUAGGAGACAUGUGAGGGACAAGUAUAGCCAGUGCCGAAAUCUGGAAUUAUGAAGUAUAUUGGCCUUUUGGGUUAUUAUUCAGUUUGGGCAAUGGUGUAACUAUAGAGCAAGCAUACCCUGCAAGUGUGCCAGCCCCCUCUGAAGUUUUUUUGCAGGGGGGCCUGGCACACUCUAGUUAGGCCACUGAGUUUGGGAUAUGAAUGUGUUUCAUCUUUUCUCAGCAGGAAGUGAGAGCUACGCCGGAUGUUGCAUUAUCCUCAGUAAGCGGACCUGUGCAUCCGAAGGGUUGUAGGAGUGGCCUUGUCUGACUUCUAACAACAGCAUUAAAUGUAGCAAAAUAUAGAUCUGCUUCUGUGUAUCACAAAUGAAAAGAAAAGUAUCACAUGAAGAUAUUUUUUAAAUUAUCACGGCUCAAGUGUUUCCCUACAUAAGCCAAUGGACAAGCUAUGCAUCCAGUGCUGGAAGGAAGUGGCUAAGGAUCCCCACUCUCACCAGAAUAAAGUGCUACUAGCAAUCACAUGUAUUUGUUUCCACUAUGUCUAAUUCUAAAUUAUAUUUAAGAUUCAUUCAUUCAUCCAUUUAAUAUUACUAUGAAGCCAUUGUGCUAGAAUUUAGAACCAAAUUAAUCAGGAGCAUUAUGCUUCACAGAUCUUUUGGGAGCAAAACAUAUAUAAUGCCAUACCAUGUCCGGACUGACAUGACUUUUAUAUAUAUAUUCCACCCCUGUACUUAAAUCUCCCCUUUUGGGAAAGCACUUCCUCCAGUUUAAUAUAAUUCUAUAAAAUUGAUAGUGUUUAUUUAGGAACACUUUUUGUCACUGAUACUUUACUUUUCAUGAGAUGGAAACAACGCAGGAUGUGGUUUUAUUUCUGAGAACACCUAGUUGUCCUCUUUUGCCAAACUCUUUAGUUUGCAAGCCCUCAAGUAAGAAUAAGGGUCUGGUUCUAUUGGAAAUCAUUCAGCUGGAACAGCAUUUUUUAUCUGCAUAACUGUCAUUUUUUGUGUUAAUCUGUUAUCUUAUACAAUUUUAGUCUUAACACUUCCCCCUAUAUGCUACUGACCAAAUUAUUGUACCUUGCAAAAAAAAUGUGUAUUUUUAUUUAACUGUAUUGUGUAUAAACAUGCACUUUCAUUUGAACUUCUUUACCUGGUAUUUUUGUUUUCCAUAAUGAAGGAAUUAAACUAUUUAUUUGCCUGUG